GUGUUGUGUUUUUGUGUCGCGGCUGAUUUAAAACAUGAAUAACGAAUCAGAUUCUGACUGUGAAAUAGAUGAAAGAAUUAAAACACUGAAGAAUAAAUAUCUGCCGAAGAGGAAUCACGUCUCUGGUAUAUCAAACACAUUUGCUCUGACAUCAGAAGAUGCUGGAAGUAAGAAGUUAAGAGAGAUGAGAGACUAUAAAACUGUCCUGAGAGAACUCAACAGGGCUCUUUCUGAUCAACAUGAAAGUAAUGCUGAUAGUGAUGAAGAUGAUGAUGAUGGUCUUGAAGAAACAAACAUAUUAUACACAGAGACAGAUGUGACUUUACCAUCAAAUCUGGCUCAUUCAUCCAGCUCAUGUGAGUCAAACAGCAGAAGGAGGGAGGUCAUGGAUGGACCCCAGAGCUCAUGCAGCGGUGCAGCAGCGGUUCAUGUUUAUCAGGAGAUGCUGCACAUUUAUGAGAAGCUGCAGGCCGAGCGUGUCAGUCAGCAGGUUUGGUCUGCAGAACUCUGUGAUCGAGAGCGUGAGCUGCAGCGGCGAGAGAAUGAACUCAUGCAGCAUCAGCGUGACAUUGAUAAACUCAGAGGAGCAGAAGAGGAGAUGAUGAAAGACAUCCGCUCCUUACAGCAGCGAUAUCAGCAAGAGACAAAUGAGUUAAAAGAAGCUCUGAAGCAGAAGACUAAAGACAUUAAGAGAAUAAAAUCUAGUUUUGAUUCAAUGAAAGAAUUAAAUGAUUCUCUGAAGAAACAGCUUCACGACGUCACUGAGCAGAACAGAAAGUUGGAAAGUCAAUCAGGAAAAGUUCAAGCUCGUCUGGAUAACCUGCAGAGGAGGUACGAGUACUCAAAGACGCACGGCGGCCGAGAAAACGACUUUCCUAAAGCUUACCAGCCAAAACCCAGCAAACAGGAAAACCCAUCGAUGAAUAAAACAAACAAGGAGGGCGGCGCUCAUGGACCUGCAGUAAAACUCAUAAGCGCUCUGUUAGAUUGGGUCGUGGACGAGCGGCUCAUCGAGCCCGGAGAGAAGUCGAACCUUACAGCCUGUCAGUCGUACGGCACGUCACGUCCAUCUCUACAUCACAGAUGCUCCACGGUUCUCCCGGUGUUGGUGGAGUUGCUGCAGAAGGAGAGCACCAUGAUGGAGUCGUCUCUGCAGUUAUCUGUACUGCGCUGCGUUUACUGCUGUCUUACACAACUUCAGCACAGCACACAGUACGCUCCUCUGACGUCUACACUGAGGAGGUUAGGUGAGGAGGUGUCUCGCGGCUCAGGUGACCCAGUUAAUGGCCGUCGGGUUCGUCCGUGUCCGCUGUUUAAAAGCUCCUGUCUACACACGCGUCUCCUCUGUAGCCUCAUCAUCAUCAAAAGCAUCAGUCAAGUGGAUAUCUUGGCUCAGGCUUUGGAUGUGUUAUUGUGUGCCGUGAGGACGGAUGAAGGUCAGCAGCUCUUUCUUCAUUAUGGAGCUCUCUCGGCUGUUUUGUCCGUGUUAAGAGUCGGCGGUCCGGCUCUUCUGAUGCUGUCUGUGGAUCUUCUGCUGCAGAUGAGCACGCAGUCACGAUUUCUGGAAGAAUGCAGUACUGAAGAAUUCUUCCGUUGCGUCUCACUGUUCCUGCGUAAACCUCGUUUGGAUCCGGCAGUGUUGGAAAAGAUCUCCGUUCUCCUCCAGAAGUUGUCCGGUAUCCGAAAGAACAAGCGUCUGUUUGAAGCGUCUUCACUGCAUUUAUUACUGCUGGAGAUUCAUCGCUCUGCUGACCCAUCACAGACCUUUCUUAUUAUGAACCUGAGCUCCAUCCUGCUCAAUCUGGACAUGCUAACUCGCUCAUAACUUGCUCAUAACACACUAACUUGCUCCUAACUCACUCAUAACUCGCUCACCUCUACAUUAAACAUCACAGUGCACUUAAAUGAUUUACUGCCCUCAGACUCUGGAGUUUUGUUUUAGGAUGAAGUGAUUUUGAGGGCCACAAAGGCGUUUGUUUGUUUGUUUGUUUGUUUGUUUGAUGUUGAGGUGAUUUAGACAGUGUCUCACAGAUCAUAUGGACUAUGUUU